UUUUAGUGAAAUUGUAGAGAGAGUGAAAAUUUCCCCAAUUGCGUCAAUGUCACUGCUGAAAUUUUAGGCGGCAAAAAUGGUGAAAUUAUUUGCAUAAUUUUUUUCCCGUAAACUUUAAUUUCUAUUCUGUUUAAUUUCUUCCCCCAGUUUCUUCCCCCAAUUUCAUAAUUAUCUUUCAGAUCUGGUUUGUUUGAUUAAAAUUUUGAAAUCCGUAUGAAUGAAGCCCUCAAAUGUGGAAGAUGGGCUCACCUUGUGUAUGGUGUUUGUCAUGAAGUAGGCGUGGAUAAGUUGGCCAAAAAUUGGUAGGCGCCGGAAAUGAGAACUUCUAAGGAGGGUGAAGGAGUGGUUGGAAGCAAAAGGAGGUUGCAAUUAAACCAGGUUCUUGAAUUGGAUGGGGAGGAAGAGUUGUUGGAUGAUGUAGGGGAAUAUUGUAGUGAUGAUGGGUUUGACGAAGAUGAUGGGGUAGGUGAUGGUGUAGAGUCUGAAGAUGGGGGAGUUGAGGAGGUAGAAGUUGGUGAAGAACGUUGGGAAGAUGACGAGGAUGAUGUUGUGGAUGAUUAUGAUGAAGCAUUAGAUGAAGGAGAUGAAUUAGAUGAAGAAUUGUGUAUUGAAAAUGAUGAUGACCUGAAUGAGGUUAAUGAUGAUAAUUAUGAUGAAUCCGGAGAAAUGGGAGUGGGGCGAAACACUACUUGUAUGGAGGAUGGAGACAUUGGCGGCCCUGGUGAUGGAGAUGGGGUUUCAACCAUUAACGCAGAUAUGUAUACAACUCCUACGAAGCGGAACAAAGGUCCCGUUCUACCGACCCCUUCUGUUGGAAUGUCUUUUGCUAAUUGGGAAGCAUUGAAUAACUAUUUUCGAUCCUAUGGGGAGCAACAAGGUUUUGGUGUAGUGUGUAUGGGAGGGAAUAAGAGCGGGGUGAAAGACAGUGAAACGGGCAAAUCGAAUUCCCUGAGGACCUAUGUUUGGAGGUGUGAGUGUCAUGGAAGGCCAAAAUACUGGCGGAUGGUGAAUGGCAGGGUAGUUACCUGCGCAGAGGAACCAAUUCUUAAGAGGAAGACGAAGAAGUGUAGUUGCCCUGUUAUGCUAUAUGGGGCUCGGACCAAAGAGAAUUUAUGGGUUGUGAAGAGUGUUGUUACUGAACAUUUGAACCACAUUCCCACUCCUACCAAGUCCAACCAUAUUUCCAUGUUCCGGGUCAGGAAAAUAACUCAGACAAUCCUGAAACAGAUUGAAAAUGAUCACGAUUCAGGUGCACCUGUGGCUCAGAUUUUCAAUAACUUAGCGGGAAGAAGGAAUAGUGUAGAGAAUAUUGGUUUUACGAAGAAAGUUGGCAUAAUAUUUUGA